CUGUGCGAUUGCCUCCAAGCCAUAUGUCCGCUGCCCGUACAGGAUUGUCAAAGACUUGGAAAUGUGGAGAUGGAGCGUUGUCUUCGCAAGCACUUGCCGUUCUGCAGAGGUUGAAGCAAUUGGAACCAGUCCAGCUUCAUAUUGCCCUUUGGAAGAUGCGAUAGAUUUUUAUGAAAAUGCCUUGGCAUAUACUGAUCCCUUUUUUCGAGAAACGUCCUUGCCGUGGAUUCGAGCCCAUCUUCCAACCCUGUUGGAAUAUGCUCGUCGCAGUGGCAGCAUCGCUGAACUUGGCGUGGGCGAGGGCUGGUCUUCUGUGGCCUUCACUCGAGUGGCCCUGGAGCGUGGCCGCCCGGGCGGGCGAUAUCGAUAUCGGAUGUAUGACAUCGCCAGAUCCCCGAAACUGGACAUGAUUUUCCCUUUCGUGGUGAACUGCAGCAAUGUGGAUUUUGAAUUUUACGAGGGCGAUGUGUUGAAUCAGACCUUGCUCGAGCAAGUUGGAGAUCAACAGGGACCUUUCCCUCCAGUUGAUUUGCUGUUCAUCGACACCUUGCACACCUUUGAGCAGUUGACGGCGGAACUGGAAGCUUUUGCCCGCAACACCAAUCUCUACAUCAUUCUCCAUGACAUGGAAAGCUUUGGGAAACACGAUGAGUUCAUCCACGAUACGGUCACAUCAGUCUCAUACCAGCGCAAGUUGAAGCGUUUGGCGGAACAAGAACAGCUACAUCUUCAAACGCUGAUGCGAAAGCAUGAGGUGUCAUCCGCGAAGGAUUUGGAUAAACACCUGAGGGAAGAGGCAAAACAGAAAGCUGCAGAAGACUUGGCUCACCAGUCGGGACUUCACAAUGCACUGAGAUUUUGGCUGCAAGGAAAUCUUGGAACAUUCCUUGGCAGACAAUGGGCUCACAGUGCUUGGAAGGAUCCAUCCUAG